AUGAAAAAAUUUUCUUUACGUGGUUAUAUGCAAUCCCUUCAGAAUGAUUCUUUAAGUAAUUCCUAUCAUGCGAUUAUGUGCGACGAAGUGAUGAAUCAAAGUGAAAAAAGAACGAAUUGGAUAGAAUUUGUGAACUUCAUUUGUUCCGUACCCGAAAGAUCAGCAAAUUUAAUGGCAUUAAAUCAAAGUCAGCAAGAGGAAAUUUCACAUUUAAGUGUUGUUAAUUUCUUUGAAAAAUUGGCUGUAGAUAUUGAAACAUUAAUAUUCUCAAAAAGUGAAUUUGGGGAAUUAAAUGAAGAUGAGAUGGAAAUAUUGGUAUUCGCAAGUGAAGAAUUAAUAUCCAAAAUAUGUAGGAUUGGUCACUCUAUUUAUCAAAACAUUUGGCAUCGUGUUAUUGCGAGAUUUCUCCCACAUACUUUAGAAUCAUUUCUUUCAUCUUUACUUUUGUUUAUUCAAAAAUAUGAAUUUUCUGAGAUUGUCAAUCCCGCUUCUAUCGAAAAUAAAAUUCGAUAUCAAAUUCGUAAUGUUGCCGAAGUAAUUGGAUUGUUGAUAGGAAAAAUUAAUAGUGGAACUGCAUCAUACCUAAUUAAAUAUAAAUACUUUGUCGGUGGGAAACAAUUUUCGAUAAUUAUUUUGAGGGUUCUUUGUUGUUUUUUGAGUUUGGGAUAUCUUCAAAGACAACCAAAUGAUGUUGAUGGAAACUUAAGAUUAGGGUUAGACGAUGACUUGAUCAGUUUACUUAAAACUCUUAUACCUUCAUGGUCAGAUCCUACAUUUAUCAAACAUGGGUCAAUUGCAAGUCAAAUUUAUGUAACCAGUGCUAUUCUUAUAAUCUUCGGAUAUCUUCCCAAGGAGAUAUUAAUAAAAGCCGCGAUUCCUAGAGAAAUUACAUUAGGAGUUACUCGAUGGCUAGAGAGUUCAUCUGAUAGAACGCGAAAAUUAGGAAUGAUUACUGCUGAGAUGCUCUCGAGAUUAACAGAUGAACCUGGGAACAUCUUGGAUUUUGAGAUGAACACAGAAGAUGAGGAAAUCAGAUGUUUAAAGCAAUUAAUUGAAGUCAAAGAUGGAAUGUUUGAUAUAAAUGAUGAAUUCUCCAAAGAGUAUAAAAUGGUCAAAGAAACCAAAUCUGUUGAUAAAGAUCAAAAAGAGAUUUCCAAAAUAAAUUUUAACAACUUGGUUAUAUCAGUUAAUGAACAAAAUACACUUGAGGCAGAUUCUGAUGAUGAAGAUGAUUUCGAACCAUAUCCAAUGGAAGGGAAGAAAAUUACUGUUCCAGUUUAUAUAAUAGAUUUAAUUCGAUAUCUGGGAUCCAAUGAAGAACCAGAAAAAAUAGAAGUAGGAAUCAAGAAUGCUGGUAAAUUGAUUAGAAAUAAAACGAAUUUCGGCAUGGAAUUGGAUGAUAAUGCAAACGAACUUGCCAGAGUUUUGAUCAAUCUACAAGAUAAUUUUAACAUAAAAGAAUUCGAAGAAAGCAGGCAAGAAGCAUUGACUGCUCUUUUGUGUGGAAGUCCUAAAAUUGGUGUACCUUAUAUUAUCCAACAAUUAUUUGAAAAUCGAUACUCGUUAUCAGACAAGCUCAUGUUAUUGUCAGUAAUAUCGGCUUCAGUAAAAGAAUUGGCCGGAACACAAAUAAAUGAGAAUGUAUCCAGCAAUCAAGAGUUUCAUUUGAUUGAUGAUGAUGAUCUCAUUCAGAAAACUAGCGAUAUGAGUCUUACAACUUUAAAAAUACCUAAGGAAAAUCGAUUUUCACGCAGACCUCAAUUAGAAGCUGCGCGUAAAAAUUCUACCAAAAUAAAUAAAUUUAACGAAUUUGCAGCCAAAACUUUCUUCUUUCCUUUAACUUCUGGUUUCUGGAUGUUAACGCGUGAUCGAGAACAGAAUAAUAUGGUUUAUGAACCUAUCCUAUUACAAAGAUAUAUUAUGACUUUAACAAUCUGUGUUCAAUGUUCUACAAAUAUUAUCGAUAUAUUACAAAUCACUCGAGAAUUCUGGGAUUUAAUAUUAUCUUUACGAUACAAUGAUGACCAGGCUGUUUUGUCUGCAUUAUUAUAUGGCUUGAUUACAAUAAUGAAUUCAGUGCCAGAACGUGAUUUGGCAGAAACAUUUGGGAAAGAGCUAAUUGAGACGCAAAAAUGGGUUAAUGUGAUAUUUGAAAAUAAUAUGAAUGAAAAAAGCAAAUCCUUGGCAGUAUGGAUUAUGGUUAAAAUCGAUGAAAUCAUCAAUUCAUAUCGACAAUUGCUGAUCGGCGAUUUAUUACCUCUUACAUAA